AUGAUCAUUUAUCCUGAUGGAGAUGGAGAUGGAGCAGGCCAUAUAUCUGUAUACUUGGCCAUUAUUGGGAAAACUUCCCUACAUGCUGUUUGGGAGGUGAAUGUCUCAUUUAGUUUCUUGAUAUUCGAUCAAAUUCACGACAGCUAUAAUGUAAUGAAAGGAAUGGAGAGGCAUUUUCGCAAUAUCAAGACUGAAUGGGGAUUUUCGAAAUGUAUCUCUCAUAAAACAUUCAAAGAUCCCUCUAAUGGUUACCUUGUUAAUGACAAAUGUGUCGUUGGAGUUGACGUAUAUGUCAUCAAGAACCAGGGAAUAGGUGAAUGCAUGUCCUUAUUGAAAGGCACCAAGCUUUAUAAGCAUGAAUGGAAGAUUACUAAGUUCACAAAAUUGAAGAAAAAAGUGUACUAUUCUGAAGAGUUUAUUGUUGAUGGUUAUAAAUGGAAACUUUCAUUAUAUCCUACAGGUGACAACAGACAAAAUGGUAAGAACAUCUCCGUCUUUCUUGAAUCAGUUGAUGCUAAAGGAUUUAAUCGCCAAAAAAGAGUCCAGGCAAAAUUUGGCAUUUCUCUCAAAAACCAGAUUGGUGGUGAACAUCACAAGAAGAGUGGUAGUUCAAAUUGGUAUUCAGCUGCUACAAAGGGUUGGGGCUGGUCAUCAUUUAUGUCAUGUUGUGAAUUCAAUGAUACUAAAAAGGGCUUUCUUAUUGAAGACUGUUGCAUUUUGGAAGCUGAGGUUUCUGUAGUUGGUGUUGUUAAUUCUUUAACUUAA